UCGUGUACGUUCAACGAGGAAUAAUUAUCGCUCGCAUUUGACGCAGUGCGUUAGUCUCAUAUUACAAACGGAAAAGAACGUAAUAUAGUGCCGCGUAUUACGCGAUACGCUUUCCGAGCAAGUAAUCCGUGUUAGUGCUCCGUAAGAAAGAACGUGGCGGUUAAGCACUGCAAAGAAAACUUGACAUUGGAACGGCCAUUUUGGCGUGUUGUUUCCUAAUCGAGUGCUCAGCUCAGCAUCGAUAUCCAUCCAUUUCAAGGAAAUAGAUAAUAUUUCAUCAUUUUCAAAAUGAUGACAGAAACACAUAUAAAUUCCAAUCAUGUCCUAAAUUCUGGUUUGAAUACCAAAUCAGACAUAGAGAAAAUGGACGAUGUGGGUUGGAAAGCCAAAUUAAAAAUUCCACCAAAGGACAAACGAAUAAAAACUAGUGAUGUUACUGAUACUCGUGGCAAUGAAUUUGAGGAGUUUUGCUUAAAACGAGAAUUAUUAAUGGGCAUCUUUGAAAAAGGCUGGGAGAAGCCUUCUCCAAUUCAAGAAGCCAGUAUUCCCAUUGCAUUAUCUGGUAAAGAUAUCUUGGCCCGUGCAAAGAAUGGGACUGGUAAAACUGGGGCCUAUUCUAUUCCAGUGCUAGAACAGGUGGAUCCACAGAAAGAUGUGAUUCAGGCACUAGUACUUGUACCCACUAGAGAGUUAGCUCUUCAAACAUCACAAAUUUGCAUUGAGCUAGCAAAACACAUGGACGUAAAGGUAAUGGUAACUACUGGAGGAACAGAUUUACGUGAUGACAUUAUGAGGAUUUACCAGACAGUGCAAGUAAUAAUAGCAACACCAGGAAGAAUUCUUGACCUUAUAGACAAGAAUGUUGCAAACAUGGAACAUUGUAAAACUUUAGUGUUGGAUGAAGCUGAUAAGCUUCUGUCACAAGAUUUUAAAGGAAUGUUGGAUCAUGUCAUUUCGAGAUUACCACGUGAACGUCAGAUACUGCUGUAUUCAGCCACAUUUCCUCUGACGGUAAAGCAAUUCAUGGAAAAACACUUAAGAGAUCCAUAUGAGAUUAAUUUAAUGGAGGAACUCACAUUGAAAGGUGUAACACAAUAUUAUGCUUUUGUACAGGAAAGACAAAAAGUUCAUUGUCUUAAUACAUUGUUCUCCAAGUUGCAAAUAACGCAAAGUAUAAUAUUCUGUAAUUCAACACAACGUGUUGAAUUACUUGCGAAAAAAAUAACAGAUCUUGGGUAUUGCUGUUAUUACAUACACGCGAAAAUGGCGCAGGCACACCGAAAUCGCGUGUUUCACGAUUUUCGAGCAGGGCUAUGCAGAAACUUGGUCAGCAGUGAUCUGUUUACUCGUGGUAUUGAUGUUCAAGCUGUGAACGUCGUAAUCAAUUUUGACUUUCCAAAAAUGGCAGAGACAUACCUUCACCGUAUUGGCCGAUCAGGACGAUUCGGUCAUUUGGGUAUAGCAAUUAAUCUAAUCACAUACGAAGAUCGUUUUAACUUGCAUCGUAUCGAACAAGAGCUUGGAACAGAAAUUAAACCUAUUCCAAAAGUAAUAGACCCAAGUUUGUAUGUAGCAAGAUCAGAAGACAAUAAUAGCAUGGAAGAGGGUAAUGUGUCUAAGUAGUUUCGAUACAUUGUCACGAUGUUUUACAUGCGCUCGAAGAGUUUAAAGUGUUAAAUGGUGAUUGUGUGACUCGUACAUGUAAGGCAUACAUUGCUAUGCUUUGAACUCACAGAGUGAAACGUUAUUUCAGUCUGAAAAGUAUUGUCUGGGGUGUUUAACAGUGUAUAAAGACAAAACAGUGCUAUGAACAUUUUGAUAAAAAAAAAAAGUGGUCUAUAUAGAAAAAAAAAUUGAAAAUUUCAAUUAACAUCACAGUAAAACAGCGAAAACAUGAAUUACUUGUAAAUAA